AUGGUUAUCCUGAGUGAAAUUGAAAAAGGAUCUUCAUCCGGUACUAGUUAUAAUAAUCAAAGCCAACAACGAUAUGAUGUAUUUCUAAGUUUAAGAGGAAUCGACACUCGUAAUAAUUUCACUGCCCACCUCUACGAUGCCCUUGUGUAUGCCGGCAUUCGUACCUUUUUGGAUGAUGAAGAGAUUGAAACCGGAGAAGUCCUCAAACCUGAACUGGAGAAUGCAAUAAAGUCGGCAAGUGCUUCUGUUAUUGUGUUGUCCAAGCAUUAUGCUACUUCCACAUGGUGUCUCGAUGAGCUGGUAUUGAUCCUUGACCAACGUUUGACCUCCGACCAGAUUGUAAUUCCCAUCUUCUAUCAUGUUGAGCCAACCGAUGUAAGGAAGCAACUAAACAGCUUUGGAGACGCCAUGGUAGAGUAUAAAAGGAAGAUGGAGGCCGAAACUAACGCAGAGAAAAGAGUUUGGUGGGGUCAAAAAGUGGAUGGAUGGAAAAAAGCACUUACAGAGGUCGCAGACUUAAAAGGGAAAGACGUCAAGGGCAGGUAA